AUGUUCGCAAUCCAAUGCCCCCAAACACCGUUCCGCCAAACCCACACCCCAAUCCGCUCCUCCCCUCUAAGCAAACAUCCCACAACCCCACCCAUAUGGACAAUGUCCCCGACACGAAACCCCCAAAGCGCGUCGCAAAGCACAACCCCAAACCUCUUCACCAACCCACCCCCAAUCUUCAAUAUCCAGACUGAACCAAUCACCCGCCACACACAAAACGACCACUCCCCAGUUCCAAUGAACUUUAACGCGUCUGCCUCCGCCUCUACAACACCCACAGCGAACCAAUUCUCCAACCCUUUCUUCACAGCCCAGCCACAAACGUCGCCCGGCUCUCCAACGCGCCAGAAGCCGAAAUACGAAGCGCGCUAUGCGUCUAUCGCUAAUCCGCUCAAGGAUACGGCGAGUCUGGCACGCUCGAAAACGCGUAAGAUGUUCCUUAAUCGCGUGCGACAUGAGCGUGACGAUGGACGGUUUGAGGCGCGCGGUGAGCAGAUGAUGCGGAUGGAACAUCUUGCUGAUCGGAGACGGUGGGAGGAGAGUAUGGCGCGGGAUGGGGAGGGGGUUGUUGUAGGGUUUGAGGGGGAUGAGGAUGAUAUGCUUCCUGAUGAUAUCGAUGCGCUUGAUGAAUUCAUAUCGCAAGAGGAAGCUAUGGAGAUGGCGCUGAGAGAGACGCAGAGUGCGGUUCCUGGGAGGGUAGGGGAUUUGCGGUCGAAUGGGAAUGGGCCUGGUGUGCUGUUUAGUGAUGACGAGUACGAUGAUAUCUUUAUGGGGUUGUCGGAGCCUCGACGCUAUCAGUCGCAGUCGCAGUCUCAGGAUAUGGAUAUGUCGUGA